AUGGAACAGCCCCAGAACCUGAGAUCCCUGUUCAACGAGGCCAAGGCGGAGAAAACCGCUCUGGAGGUUCGCCCUGACACCAACACCGACCAGUAUCGCAAUGAUGUCAGUGCGACGAUAGCCAAAUUCGAGGAAUGCCACCGCCUCGUUAGCUUGCUAUCUUUGUUCAGUUCGAACGAACCGCUGGAGGAUAUUACGACAGGAGAUCUGCAGUACCUGACGGUUGAUUAUCAUCUUGCCGACCUUCUCCAAAGAUCUUACAGCUCCGACCGCGAAGCGAGCCUUCGACGUGCACUGCAUCAAUAUGAGCAAUACCUUGCGCGAUUGGAUAAUUACGAAUUACUUAAUGACAACAACAAAAAGCUAUACGAACGAUAUGCCGAGAACCCGUCUUCCUUUUCCCUGACUCCCGUCAACGAUGCUGCCACCAGAAGAGAAGUCAAGAUCACACGGUUCAGGGAGGAGAAAGAGCUGAAACAAAGACUUGAGUACUUAUCGAAUAACCGAAGCCAACUUCAGAAUGACGACGACGACGUUCGGCAGCUUUACCUUGCGGAAAUCCACCUGUAUAUCCACCAGACCUUCCAGUCACUAGAUCUCAUCUCCCAGGAGAUUUCCAUGCUAUCGAGUGUACGCAACAUGGCGCCCAACCCGGAUCAAACCCAGCGAGACGACCCUAGAAGCCGAAACAAUGCAGACCGUUCAACCUACUCAGAUAGACUGGACCCUCCGAUAUCUCAACUUCUACAAGGAGGCAAGUUUGGGCCAAUCUUAAGCAAGGAAGGGAAGCCAAUGCAGCCAUUCACGUUGCUGGAUCGCCGCUCUCAACUCCAGCAGGGAGUCUUCCGCCCGAGCCAUAACUUGCCCACGAUGACGAUUGAUGAAUAUCUCGACGAAGAGAAGAGACGAGGCAACUUUGUUCAAGGUGGAGAAAGCUCGGGGAUUCAGCCAGAAGUUGACGAGGAUGAUUUCGAUCGGGCCGACGAAGAAACGAUGAAGGCAAGAGCCUGGGAUGAAUAUAAGGAAGCAAACCCCAGAGGGUCUGGAAAUACCUUGAACAGGGGGUAA